ACAACGCCUACGGGGUUUUCAAGGACAGGGAGAUGUACGGUAAAGUUUUCGGGGACGAUGAGAAGCUGAAAAGGUUUCUGAGGUGGAGGGUGCAGAUAAUGGAGAGGGGGGUCAAAUUGUUGCAGCUGAAGCCUGGAGGUGUUAAUUCUAUCAUCCAAGUCACUGAUCUUAAGGACAUGCCGAAGAGAGAGCUUAGAGUUGCAUCCAAUCAGAUCCUGUCUCUGUUUCAGGAUAAUUAUCCCGAAAUGGUCGCUCGAAAGGUUUUCAUCAACGUGCCGUGGUAUUUCAGCGUGCUGUACUCUUUGAUCAGUCCUUUCCUGACUGAGAGGACCAAGAGCAAGUUUGUGAUAGCUAAGGAAGGGAAUGUUGCUGAGACCCUCUACAAGUUUAUUAGGCCAGAGUUCGUACCAGUUCAGUAUGGAGGGUUGAGCAGAGCGGGGGAUUUGGAUAAUGGGCCCCCAAAGCCCGCUUCAGAGUUCGCAAUCAAAGGCGGAGAGAAAGUGAACCUUGAGAUUGAUGGCAUUGAGAGCGGGGCAACGAUUACAUGGGACAUCGUGGUUGGAGGCUGGGACUUGGAUUACAGUGCCGAAUAUGUGCCGAACUCUGAAGGGAGCUACACGAUUGUAGUGGAAAAAACCAGAAGGAUUCCUUCAGAUCUCGAGGAGCCGGUUCACAACGUGUUCGCCUCAAAAGAAGCAGGGAAAAUGGUUUUAUCCAUUGAUAACACGAGCUCGAGAAAGAGGAAGGUUGCUGCGUACAGAUACUCUGUGCGCAAACCCACCUCGGCUUUAUCCUAAUUAGGUGAUUAGUGAUGGCAUCAGGCCCUUAAUUAUGUCGGUUAAUAGGCAGGGGAUGAUGAUGUAGUUUGCUAAUGUAGCGGUUUAUGUAAUUUUUGUAAUGUUUGGGGGGUUAAAUGAGAAGAAAUUUGAAAAGUUUGGUCAAGGAAA